AUGGACCAGAAGUUCGACGAGUUUAUAGCGCAGACAGAGUCAGAGGCGGAGAUUGACACGAGCUCGAGGUAUACCACUGGAUCAAUCUCACCCCAGUUUGCGUCUCCUACAAAGUUUAAAAACGUUUUACCGCAUGAAACAGAUACACAGACAGGUCAGAGAAAUCGAGUAGCAGAGCACCAACAUGUACCGAAGUCGUUACUUAAUGCGAGCGUCGAAGAGAGCCACAACCACCCUUUGAAAGAGGACAAAUCUGAAUCACGCCAAAGGCAAGUGUCGGUUUCCAAUUCGAAUCCCAGCUCCAAAGGUAUGGUUAACAAAAGGAGGUCAUUGAUACAACCAAUGAUGGUGCCUACUACACCUGAGACUGAUCGCACACGUCCGCAGUCUCAAAGCAACGUGGCUUCCGGAAACUCAGCUAAUAAGAACAAUCUACAUCCAGAUACAAAUCACGGUAUUGAUAUAAACGCUACCACACAGACACCUUCAUCUAUGUCCAUGGGUAAUCCUAAAUUCAGUGAAAACUUUGCGUCAUUGGCGCCAUCUAGUAAGAGGAAUUCCAUGCAUUCUAGAACAAGCAGCUCACAAUCCAUGGCCAUUGACUCCAGUCUAGGAGGAAGUAUGGAUGUCAAUGCACUGCUGCAAAGCCUAGCUAAUAAGGAGCUGGAGUUACUGGAAUGCAAGAGGAAGAUCGACGACCUAAAAAAACAGUUGCAUAUGGAGGAGAAUAUUUACCAGAACAAGGCAAAUGAGUUACAAGAGUUGAAGAACAAGGUAAGCAAGAAUAUUAACGUCUCUGGCAGCAAUCAACCAGUAUUCAAUAAAACUUCUACUACAGGCCGGAAGAACAGCAGAGAAUCUUCUCGAAGGAAUACUCAUGUAACACCAGUUAAGACUACAAGAAAUGAUAUUAGACAAGAUACAUCUCUGAACCAAGAUAUGGAGAACACUGAUGAUAACAAGCAAUCUAUGUGGAGCAAACCGUUAGCAUUAUUUAACCAGGUUGAUCAAAUAAUACAACAAGAACUUGAAAGGACAUUAAAUUGGGAUGAGCCUCCGACACCAGUAGAAGAAACAGAAGAGAACCAAGAAGGCGAUAAAAGUGUAUCGAAAUCAUUAUGGAGUUUUGUGUCCGAUUUGAAAACUGGUUUACUUGGCAUUGAAGAAGAAGAAGAUGGGCAUCAUACACAACAAAGUAAUUCAAAUGUUAAUAGGCCGAAAAAUACUCAUGGGCAAGUGAUGGACAAUAGAAAACACGCAAAUGAAGACAUAAACUUAUCCAUAAAAGAAUUUAAGACCACGAAGAAACAUCUUGACGAUAAUUCUGAUACUCACUUGAAGCAAAGAAGUGGAAGAACCGCUGUCAGAAAGACGAAAUCUGGUAAUAAACUAAAUUUUGUUGAUGAUUCGGACGAUGGUGACAGCACUUUGGAGGCAGAUAUGGUGGAGAUGGGAUCAUUUUCUAGGUAG